UCGUUUUACCUGCAGUAUAGACAACUAGCACGACGAAGUGUCAUUUUACCUGCAAAGUAACGCUCAGAUAUAUAACGCGGGCAGCACAAUAAGCUCAUUGUUUUCCCAGCUCUGCUGCAUUCAUCCAAGAUCCACCGCCAUCAUCAUCAUCAUCAUCAUCAUCAUCAUCAUCAAAGUCACGACAACCUAGACGAAAUCACAAAAAACUUAUCAAUUGGCAUUCCAUUUUCCAGGGUCGCCUCAAGAUUGGAUCUUUUUGCCCUGUUCAAAUACCAUUUCUGCUCACCCUAUGUCAUCUGCAAGAUAAGAUUGUUGUGAGUAGUCUAUGGUUGGUCUAAAUGUCUGAGUCUGGGUCACAAUGGGUCGGAGAAGAAGGCUCCGCAGCUGAUGAGAAUGGCAUUGGCGCUGUAGAACCAACAAACGUUGACCAGGUGCUUAUUGCCAACAACCAUAGUGGGGGUUUUGAAGAAAGAGAAACAAGUGAUGUAAAAAUGGCUGAAGAUGGAGGAAGAGAAGAUAUGUUUGUGGAUUGUCCAGAUGAGAUAGAGACUUCUGAAACAUCACCGAGUAUCGAGGAUAAGGAUAACAUACAGGACACUCAGGUCGAAGAAGGAAAAGCCAGUGAGAUGAAAAAACGGGAUUUCAAGGCUGAAGUAGAAGACUUGCAGACACCUCCUGCUACACAAGAAAAUCUUUCACAUGAAUAUGAAGUCGAAAAAGCUCUAUUAAUGAAAGAACUGACUCAUCUUUGUAACCAACUCAAGGCCCUCAAUGAGCACCAACCAUCAUUAGUUAAUACUAUAGAUGACAAUGCGGUGGUUGAAGAUUCUAAUAAAAAGUAUACAGGUGUAGGGUCCACUGCAUCACUGCAUGGGAUGAUAUCUGACUGCUGCAGUUUUCUUGUAGACGCUAUGCAAGAACGCUCUAACACUGAGAGCAGGAUAAGGGAACUCGAUGCAAUUUCACACAUGAAGGAUCAUGAAAUUGAGGCUCUUAAUACAAAGCUUACUGAGUUUUCUGUACUAAAGGAUGUUGCCCUUUCUCAUUUGAGUUCUGAACAAGAGUAUGCCUCAUGCAUGUCUGAGGUCCAAAUAGAAAAUAGAAAACUAUUGGAAGAACUCGAUAAGCACAAAUCAAUGCUUGAGGAGGCAAAUAUGGAAAUUGCAAAGCUUAAUGCUGAAGUUGAGCAGGAGAAGUCAAGAUAUACAAAUGCUAAAGAGAAGCUUAGUUUGGCUGUGACAAAAGGAAAAGCUUUAGUUCAGCAGCGUGAUGUGCUGAAGCAAUUGUUAGCUGAGAAAACAACCGAGCUGGACAAAUGCUUGGUUGAAUUGCAAGAAAAGUCAAAUGCUCUUGAAGUUGCAGAACAAACCAAGGAGCUGUUGGCAAGAAGCAAUGAGUUAGCAACCUCACUGCAGGAUGCUCUCUUAGAAAAGGACAGUGUACUCCAGAAAUGUGGAGGAACAUUAUCAGAGGCUUUUGGAACUGAAGAGCUUCCACUAGCAGAUAUUUCUGAGAACAUAAGGUGCCUUGCAGAUGAGAGGAAUUCAUUAAAGGACAUAUACCUGAAAUUUCAAAAAGUUACAGAGGUCAUUUCAUCAUUUGAUUUUCCCGAAACUAUGCAAUCAAGAACAAUUGAUGAACGUAUUUCUUGGUUAGUAGAGUCUCUUUAUCUUGCUAAAGAAGAAGCUGGAAAGUUGCAGGAGGAGAUGGCUGCAUCUAAGGAGGCUGCAAAUAAUAAGAUUGGUCAGCUAAUGGCUGAGAAGAACUAUCUUCAUGGGAAGUUACAGGAGGAGGUAGGUGCAGCACGAGAGGAAGCAAUUAAUGUAAUAGAUCGAUUAACUGUGUCACUCUUAGUGGAAACACAGGAAAAAUUCUAUAUUACGGAGGAACUGGGAAUUUUAAAUUGUAUUUAUGAAGACAUUUCCCGGAAAGAGCAUGGCUUGUCAAUGGAGAAGGAUCAUUUUGUCAAUACGCUGCUAGAGGCAGCUGCAGCUGUUAAACUAAAUGAUCGCGAAUUGGUCUGUCAUCAGCAGUCUAACAUAUCUGCAAUCAUUGAAAAAUGUAUAGUGAAGAUAAAAGAGGAGAACCCUUCCUUUGAAUCUUCUUAUAUUGAAUCGGAAUCUUUCCAAAAUAUCCAAAAAGCUUUGUAUUCUAGGGAUCUGGAGUUGAAGCUUUAUGAGGCAAUUCUUGCAGAAGAGAUGCUGAAUAAAUUAGAACACGAAAAUAUCUCAAGGGAGUUGGUGAUGGCCACUGAAAAACUAAAUGCAGUGAGAGAAGAAAAGAAUUCUCUGCAGAUGAGUCUUGAACAAUAUGAGGAGAGAGUAGCUACGCUUAAGGAAAAAUUGUCUAUGGCAGUUAAAAAAGGCAAGGGAGUUGUUCUAGAGCGGGAAAACUUGAAAAGAACUUUGGAUGAGAAAAAUUUUGAGAUUGAAAAACUAAAAUCAGAACUUGAGCAGCAGCAGUCUAUGUAUAGUGAGUGCAAAGAUCAGAUUGAAAAAUUAUCUGCUGACCUGGCCCUCAUUCCUAAACUGGAAGCUGAUCUUGCUUCUAUCGAGGAACAAAAGCACCAAAUCGAGCAGUUCUUGGUUGAGAGCAAUGGAAUACUACAACAAGUGAUCGAGUCAAUAGAUUGCAUUACUAUUCCAGCUGUUUCAGGUUCCGAAGGGCCUGUUGAGAAGGUCAAAUCACUUGUUGACUGCUUUGGAGAAUGCAAAAAGGAAAAGAUAGAGGCACAACAAGAGUUGGCAUUGGUGAAAGAUGAAGCCAAUAAUUUAGUUAACAAGUUAUUAGAAUCCCAGGAAGCCAUAAAAUCAUUGACAGAUUCCUUAUCUAUUGCUGAAAACAGUAUCCGUCAUCUUCAAGAAGAAAAGAAAGAACAAGAAUCUUCAAAGAGCUUAAUAGAACAAGAAUUACAAAGAACAAUAGAUGCCUUGUCCAAUACAGAGACUGUUAUCUCUCAGCUUUUAAAAGAUAAAAAUGAACUGGAAUCAGUAAGAACUUCACUUCAACAGGAAUUGCAGAAAGCAGUAAGUGAAGCUUCUGCUGAGAAGAGUAAAUUUUCCGAGGUCUGUGCUAGCCAGAAAUCAAUUGAAGAUGCCUUAUUGCUGUCAGAAAAUAAAAUCUCAGCACUAACGAAUGAGAAAGAAGAUAUUUUACGUAGUAGAGAUGAGACUCAAGUGGAAUUGCAGAAAAUACAGGAAGAAUAUUCUGCUGACAAAGGUAAGCUGGCAGAUGCGAAUGAAACUAUUCAGUCCCUUGAAGAUGCACUGAGAAGGGAAAGGGAAAACAUUUCCCUUAUUGCAGAGGAAAACAAUAAGACACAUAUUGGUAUUACUCUUUUGGAGACUGAGAUAAAGAAGCUCAAAGAGGAGGCUGAAUCUCAAAAUAGCAAGCUUGCUGAUGCCUCAGUCACUAUAAAAUCACUAGAGGGUGAAUUGCGAAGUGCAGAGGACAAAUUUUUUUAUCUUGUUAAUGACAAGAAAAAUGCUGAAGAAGAGAUUUCAGAUCUCAAUUUUAAAUUGAGUAACUGCUUGCGAGAUUUGGAUCAAUCACACGGGAGCAUAGAGACGAAAGAUCUAGAGUUGUCAGGUCAUGUUAGAAGUCUUGUGAAAGAUGGGAAUUUGCUAUAUGCAGCAUGUCAAAGUUUAGAGCAGAAGUUUGAGAAACUGAAUGAAAUGGAUUUUCAUCUUAAAGAAAUUGAGGACUGGUUUCCCGAAGUUAAUUUCAAAGUGUUGCAAUGUCAUCCUCUCUUAAAGGAUGAUACUUCAAGGUCAACAGCCUUUCUAUCUGGCUUUCACGAUGUUCCCAACAUGGAAAUGGCUAAUGGGGGACUAAAUGCAUCAAGUGAUGAGAUCUUGAAAACUGUGAAAGCACUCCAUCAUGGGAACAAAAAUAUUGCCGACAGGUUUGAAGGAUACUCCACAUUGGUUGGUGAUUUGGUCACACUUUUUCCUAAGCUCAUGAAAUCGCUGAAGCAAAACAUGGACGAUGUGGAAGCGGAUAAACAGUCACUGCAAAGUAAAACUGACAUGAUGGAAAGGAAUCUUAAGGUCUUGUAUUCUGCUUGUGUUGGUGCAAUUCAAGAACUGAGUUCAGAAAAUAGCUCUUUUGUCAUACCAGAUAGUGUCGACGAAGAUGAAAUUGUAUUUAAUUGCAGCAACUCUGAGAAGGUUGCUGAGAAGCUGUUAGAUGCUGCUAGACAUAGCCAGGGUCUGAGGAAACAAAUUGAAGAUGCAAAUGAUCAGAUGGUUGAAACCAUCAAAGAACUGCAGAACAAAUUGACAGAAACCAGUGUUGUUUGUGAAAGAGGUUUGGAAGAAAGGGAGAUAUACCUGAAAAGGAUCUCCCAACUGGAAAGUGAACUAGAUGAAGCGAAAGGUUUGUGCAGUGAGUUGAGGCUUAAACUAGAAGAUCAUCAGGCAAAUGAGGAUCACUUUAAGGAGACAAUGGCAGAACUUUCAGCUCUUAAAAGCACUGUUUUAUUGAAAGAGCAAGAGAAUGAAGACACUCUGCUGUCAGCAUCUCAGAUGAGGUCCCUCUUUGAUAAGAUAAAUAAGAUUGAGAUUCCAUUAGGAGGUCAUGAGGCGGGGAAUCAGGAUAUUCAUGAGACAGCUGAUGUGGGAAAGCUCUUUUAUGUCAUUGACAGUUUUACUGAGUUGCAGAACCAGACAAUCUCGUUGUCUCGUGACAAAAAAGAGUUACAGUCAACUCUUGAAAACAAAUACUUUGAAAUUGAAAAUCUGAAUGGAGAAAUGAAGAAACUCAGCAGAGAUGAGAAAGAUUGUGAAAAGAUGAAGGAUGAAUUGUUAAAGGUAAAAAUAGGUUUGGAAAAUGUUAUUCAGAAAUUCGGAGAAAACAAUUUGCUUGGGGCUCAAAAAGUAGCUGGUGUUUUGGGAUUACUGCCUGUGGUUGAAAAGCUGGUCAUGACCGUAAUAUAUGAAUCAGAAAAUUUGAAGUCCCAAAAAGCAGAACUUGGUGCACAAUUACUUGAAAUGCAAAAGAAUUUAGAUGAGUUAUCAUGCAAGGCUAGAUCACUCGAAAGUUCUACUCAAGUUGAUGUAAUCCCUGGGGAUAUCGCUCCGGAAAGGGUUAUGGCUGCAGCACCUUCCUUGCCUUCUCAGUCUGAGAUAUCUGAAAUCCAAGACCUGGGCUCAAGCACUAAUAAUAGCGCAUCUACUUCAAUCCCUUCAGCAGCUCAUGUGCGAACUCUGAGAAAGGGAUCUACAGAUCACCUCGCAGUCACUAUAGAUUCUGGAACUGAGAGAUUACUAAAUCACGACGAAGCUAGUGAAGACAAAGGUCACUUGUUCAAAUCCCUUAUAACGACAGGACUUGUUCCAAGACAAGGGAGGCUUCUUGCUGACCGGAUUGACGGAAUUUGGGUGUCAUCCGGGCGGGCACUAAUGAGUCGUCCGCGAGCGAGAAUAGGUCUCAUUGUCUAUUCCUUUUUGCUACACAUAUGGCUCUUGGGCACCAUAUUGUGAUGUGGUGGUGAUUCUCAACAGUGCUAGAUUCCAUUGAGGAUUGCUUUGUAGUUUUAGAAAUAGGGCUCUGUCUAGCCUGCCGCCAUUAUAAAAUCUUCUGCAUUUUUCAUAGGUUCCUUAUUGCCAUAAAAUGUAAUUGGUAUAUACAUUUUUUAUGGGGCAAGGCUAGGUGGGUGGUUAUAUCGUAGGAGAAGAAAUGAAAUUUGAGGCCUAUAUAGUCUAAAGUUUAUGUCAUUGGACUGUAUGGCCUUUGCAAAAGAUACAAUAAUGUUAGGUUCUCUACAUCGCUGAGAACUGAACACAUUUCAUAUAUACAUAAUAUACAGUUUACACUUUGGUCAAUAAGAUUGAUGAUUACGUUAACAAAGCAAA